UGCCAGGCCAGGUUACAUGUACUUUUGUCUCCACCUUUUCAACUACAUACAGCUGUAUUGAUGCCUACACAGUAACAGGCCAUGAUAACAGCAGUAAUACCAAAAAUGAGAAAAGUGGCCACACACUGAAAGCUGACGUGAUAUAUUUAGAAAGUGUAGCUGACUUUUUUACUCACCGGUCUUCUUCAGGGCAAGUAAGAUAAAUUACUUGUGGAAAGCAAACAGCAGUAACACCCUCACAGAGCGCUGUAAAGUCAAAGUAGAAAUGUGGAGUGAAGGUGAUGAGAGACGAAGUUAGAGGAUAACAAGCAUGACAUCCAGGAAAGAAGAACAGCUUCAUAUAGAGUUGAAUUGUUUUCCUGAAUGGUGAAAGACAUGCAUGACCUGUAUUAGCCUUAACUGCUGUAGAUUUGAUAUGUAUAAAGAUGCAAACGACAGAAACUUCUCUUAAGAAUAUUACCUUGCACCGGGCUCUGCUAAGUGAUGUUUUGGGUUUGUACAUAAGUGUGUUUGGUAUGUAUGUAUUGUAUGUGUGCCCUGUGUGCAGGAAUGUGUGCAAAAUGAGUAGCACAUUUGUUACAUUAGCUGAAGUGUUGGAGGCACGAGGGGGACCUCUGCUGGAGGAGGAGGUCUGGUCCCUGCUGCUGGGCACUGCAGAAUCAUUAUUGGAUGUCUCCUAUAAGGGUCAAAACAAUAUGUGCAAUAUCAUAAGCCCCACCUCCUUGCUGCUCUCAGCCACUGGUACCUUAGCAUUUAAGAACUGUGGCCUAUCAGAUGAUGUAUCCACCUUCACUGCUCCAGAAAUGCUUCAGGGCCGUGCCAGCUCAACCAAACCUGCCAUAGAGAGGAUGCUGGUGUAUUCACUGGGUAUGACUCUCUACUGGUCCGUUGAUUUUCACCUACCUCAAAAUCAGCCAGUCCAGUUGAGUGACCAUCUAAACAGCCUCCUUCUGAGCAUGUGUGAGGACCUGGCCCACCGCAGGGUGAAUCUCAUCUCCAUCCUGGAAGCCUGUGAAUCUCAGCAUAAAGCCUCCAUCCUGCCGCCACUUGCUAAAGUCAUGAGACAGCUGGUGGAAGAGGUUUUUCAUGAAUCAGUGGACCAUGGCUCCCUGCCAGACAGUAACGUUCCAUUAAGUGGCAGGAGCCAGAUGAUCAGAGAGAGACUUCAUGGGAGGAGAGGGCAUUUUUCAGAUUUCAGUGAAGGGAGUGCUGAAGGGAGAAGAUACUCAACGGACUCUGACUCAAAGUCAGGGAGUUUACCUCAGAGACCUUGGAGACAAAGACCAAGGAGCUCUCCAACUCCAUUGUACCAGUCUUCUAUAGACAGACUCCCUCCUGGGGUUCAUCACAGGGACAGCAACUGCAGCUGGCUUGGUAGGAGCCCCCGCCACGAUGUCUCUGCCAAGACAUCGGGCAGAUCUCACAGUCCUUCAAUCACCUUCAGCGAGUCCUCACUCAGCCUGAGCCAGAGGAAGGCUAAGGCUUUGGGUCCUGAGUUCAUCAGAAUGCCAGAUGAGCAACAAAUUGUUCUUGAGCUUCCAGGAUCUCUUGUGACCAGAAAGGGCCGUUCAUGUUCAUCUCACAGAGAAGUGGCUGUAGUGCUGCCUAACGGACAGUACGUGGUGGUUCGCUGUGACAUUAGGUCCAGAGCAAGAGAUGUGUUUGACAUGGUGGUGGCUCACGCAAACUUGGUGGAGCACUUCUACUUUGGUCUUGCCUUUCUAGAUGACGAUGAAUAUUUCUUUUUGGACCAUGAAACAAAAAUCUCCAAAGUUGCACCUGACAGUUGGAGAAAAGGGCAUAUAUCAUCCUUUUUGGUGUUUCUCCGAAUCAGAUUUUUUGUUAAUGACAUCGCUUUCAUUUUACACAGACUGACUCGUCACCAGUACUACCUACAGCUACGGAAGGAUAUCUUGGAGGACAGGAUUUACUGUAACGAAGAGACAGGCUUGUUUCUGGCUGCUCUUGCUCUGCAGGCUGAGUUUGGAGAUUAUAUGCCAGAGUUGUAUGGGAAGAAUUAUUACCAGCCAGAGCAUUAUGUGUCCAAGAGGAUGUUAGAGAAGUUGGCCCUGCCCAGUGUCAAGGAGGAGUUGCCAAGACUUCAUGCAAGUAAUGCUCAGAUGCUGCCUGAAGAGGCAGAAACAGAGUACUUAAAGAUUGCCCAGCAGUUACCUGAGUAUGGAGUUAUGUUCCAUCGUGUGGAGAGAGACAAGAAGCCAGCGGUGGGAGAGUUGGUUCUGGGAGUCUGUGCCAAAGGAAUUAUUGUGUACGAGACAAAGAACGACCUCCGGACUGUCAGCAGACGUUUCCUCUGGAGGGAAACUGACUCCAUAUCCACUGGGCGGCGUAAACUCAUUAUAGAGUGUGGUGGGCCCAGUGGAAAGAAGCACAGUUUUGUAACAGAAAGUUCAAAAAUAGCACAGUAUCUCCUAAACCUCUGCUCGGCACAGCACAAGUUUCACAGUGAGAUGACGUCACGGCAACUUAACCAUACCAUGAUACCAGAUGAAAAUAUGGAUAAGUACAUGUCUGUUUACCGGGGUCGCAAUUUGAUCCUGAAGCAGAUGUCCUGCUCAGAGGGCAUGUUGAACCAUGUAGGUCUGACAGCCGGUCAACCAGACUCCCUCUCCAAGUCAUGUGAUGACCUGACUGCCAAACUGGAGGCUCGGCUCCGCCAGCAGAGAGAGAUGAGGAGAGAGCUGAACAGGCAGGUCCCUGAAACAGCAGACGUGAAAGAUCGACCGUGUUGGAGCACUCCAGAGUCGAUCCUGAGAAGGAUGUCUAAUGUCUCACUACAGAAGCAGGACUCGGACACAUCUUCCUCCAUACGAGUUGAUACACCAAGAACUCCACCAGAGAGGGAGAUAAUCUGUGUGACCUUGAGGAAAGAUCCCAAACUGGGCUUUGGCUUUGUGAUAGUUGGAGAGGACAAUACAGGUAAACUGGACCUUGGGAUCUUCAUUGCUUCUAUUGUGCCUGAUGGGCCCGCAGACAGAGAUGGACGAAUCAAACCCGGCGGACGUCUCAUCUCCCUAAACAAGACUAGCUUGGAAGGAGUGACAUUCAGUGAUGCUGCAGCCAUCUUACAGAGCAGCCCUGAAGAGGUGGAGCUCAUCGUGUCCCAGCCAAAAUAUUCUCUAAAGGACAGCAAGAGUUCCAUGAGUCAAAGCACUCUGGGUUUGGCGAUGGAGAGGAGCUUUGGCUCACAGACCACCCUGAGUGGCACAGGUCCUGCCAUGGAGGAACUGGAGGAGGUCAUCACUCUGUCCAACAUGGCAACCCCAAAACAGAGCAGGAGACUUCACAUUCCUGUUGUGCGAAUACACGAUACGCAGGAUGCAUGUUCCAGGUCACCCUCUUUCUUAGGUUUGAAGACUGGGGAGCGGUUUACAUUGGAGCUGAAGAAAAGCAAUGGUAGUCUUGGCAUCAGUGUUACUGGAGGAAUAAACACUAAUGCUCGAUAUGGAGGCAUCUACAUCAAGACUCUGGUGCCUGGAGGUGCAGCAGAGCAGGAUGGGCGCAUUCAGAUGGGUGACAGAGUGCUGGAGGUUGAUGGGUCCAACCUGAGGGGUGUGACUCACCAGCAAGCUGUUGAGUGCCUGAAGAGGACUGGGGAGGUGGUGAACCUGCUAUUGGAAAGGGAGCCCACAGUAAUCUUGGAACACAGACCUGACUCACCCUGCCCCCUCUUCGUCCACAGUCCAUCACACACACAGCCCCCCAGGACUGAGGUCUCCACGGAAACGACCUUGAAUGAUCGUGCCAAGGACUAUAGCUUUGUUACUGAUGAAAACACACAUGACGUGGUACUAAAGAAGAGCUUGUCCGGCCUUGGCUUCAGCUUUUACAUCUCACAGCUGCACUCACAGCCAGACCAAGGCAGCGUGGUCCGCAUCAAACGCCUGUUUCCGGGUCAGCCAGCGCUAGAAAGCGGCCUGCUGCAAGAGGGAGACAUAAUUCUGUCUGUCAACAAAGAGCCUGUCAAAAACCUGUCUUACCAGAGGGUGUUGUUCCUGUUACGUGGAGCUCCAUCUGAGGUUCAUCUGCUGAUCUGCCGACCAGGUCCUGGGGUACUAUAUGAUGUAAAUGACAACACACUGAAUCCUGCUCCCUUCCGUGAAGUUCGAUCCCGGUCUCUGGACAUCCGACUAGGAGAGGACUACAGCGAGCUCCUUAAGUUUCAAUAUGAUGUCAGCAUACCUGCCCAGACACAGGUCUCCACACAAGAGGAAGAUCUGCCUAACUCGGCAGAGAAGAACUCAGAAUUUCCUCCACCUCCAGUGCUCCCUGAGAACCAGGAGAAUCUGGACGAUGAAGCACAGGUCAGCCAGACUCCCCCAUCGCCUUCUCGCUCACCCCCUUCGCCCACAUCACCACCAUCACCAGUCUUGCCAGCAUCACCUGCCUCUCCUGCCUCACCAGCCUCUGGCCCUCCACCAGCUCCACCAGAGUCGCGACCAACCGCUGGGAAACCAGAGGACCAUAAGGAAGCAUCAGCAAAAGAUGGGGAAGAAGCGGUCAUAAAAACAUCAAGCUCAACUGUGAUGCUCACAGAUAUCUGUCCUAAGACUGCUUCAAACUCUGUAUAUGCCAGUGGAGUCAGAGAGGAUGCAGAUGGAAGUGUGACGUACUGCCUCGUGGGAAAUGGACUGACUAUCAUGGCAGAUGAAGAGUACCUGACCAUCAGCUCCACCCUGGAGCCUCCUCACAGUACUCCCUUCAGUCUGGCCACUCACAAGUCAACAACCAACCUCACAGCCCUCAGCUCUCAGACCUCUAACAGCUCCUUUAGUUUCAGCUCACAGAAUCCAAACCCUCACAUCCCCUCUACCACCAUUUCACCCCUCAGCCUCUCAUCUGACACCCCAACCAUGUGCUCCCUGGCCCAUCCUUCACAGCCGCUCACAACACAGCCACCAAAAGCUAAGCACCAUCCGAUCCAGCAGGGACUUCUUCCAAUACACUACAAAGCCAUUUCUAAGAACAGCUGGCCUGUAGUGUCUCCACCCCAGCCUCCUGCUCCACCGCUGUCGCCAAUUACAGCCCAAAUCAUGUCUUCUGUGCCCCCCUGUGCCAGUCCGCCUGGCCUGACACUGCCACCUACGCUGCUGCCCCUUUCUGACCAGAGCCAUGCAAAGCUGAAGGAAGAACCACAAAAGAACGAACGAGAAUAUGAGGAGGAUGAUGAUGAUGAUGACGAAGGGCUUGACGAUGAGGAGAAAGAGAGUCGAAGAAAGGGAUUGAUUAAAGAAUUUGAGCUGUCAGUGGUUCUGACCAAGCCCAGGAGCGGAAGCUUUGGCUUCACCAUCGCUCGAAGCAAGCUGGACAAAUGUUACUACAUCCAGGAAAUACUAGACAAUCCAGCCAAGGCAGAUGGACGACUCAGGGCAGGAGAUAGGCUCAUCAUGGUGAAUGGUCACAAUGUUACCAGAGUGGCAGAUGAUGCUGCCAUGACCAUUCUCAGGUCAUCUCCGAGAAGACUGAGUAUGACCUUGGGGAGGGCAGUUUCCAACUUGGUGGCCCCACCUCCCUGCGACAGCCUGCCAGAUAUUGUUCUGCACAAGACACCUUCAGGGCAGCUUGGUAUAAAGCUGACAGGAGGCAUUGGCAGCAAAUGGCAGGGCAUCUACUGUCUGGAAGUGGUGCCAGGCUCCCCAGCCAGUGAGGAGGGCAGUGUCCGACCCAAUGACAAGAUUCUCUACAUCUGUGGCAGGUGCACCCUGGGUAUGACCCUAGAGGAUGCAGUCAAAGCCUGUGAGAUUGCCCCUCGUAAAGUUAAACUUAAAAUCAUCAGAGAAGACCAACCAGUGACACCCAGGGCUAAGUGGAAUGGUUUUUUUGACUGGAAAAAAGACAGGAAGUUCUUUGCUCGUUUUGAAGAGCCCGUCUCUGCAGAGAAAGACUCGGCUCCUGAAGAUGUUGAAGUUGUGUGGAGGACUACUGAUAAAUUCAGCCAAGAACAGGAAGGCUGCAUCAUGCAAGUGGAUUUCAUAAAACCAGAAGGCGGAGGUCUUGGCUUUGCUUUGUUUGGGGGAUCCAAUGGCAGCAUGCUCAGAGUGAAAGAAAUCUGCUCUGGUGGACUAGCUGAGCAGGAUGGUCGGCUGAGAGUGGGAGAUAUUUUAUUAGAGGUGAAUGGUGUGAUUGUGUCUGGCCUGAGCCACAGUAAGGUGGUGGAUAUUCUGCGUAAAGCUGAGGGCACUGUACAACUUAUCAUCUGCAGAGACAUCCCCCUGACCUACUCCGAAUCACCCACACCGCCCAACAUGUCUGCUCUGACUGAAGCUAUUUUAGCCGAGCAGCCAGUUCCUGUGUCUAGUCCUGAUACCUGUUCCUCACCUGAUGUCAUGCUAAAUAGACCAGUUGAACGCCCCCCUGAGGCAACAUCAGUCCCUGUGGUUAAAGAAACCGGUGUUGUUCUAACUUCACCACCGCCUCCACCAUGCCGGCUGACUGUUGUAACAGAUGAGACUGCAGUUAAACAGGAGAGCUGUAACAGCACCCCUUCUCAUCAAGCUUGCUGCCCAUCCCUCAGUGUCACUGACAUGUUGCAUGGAGCUUCUGACAGGAAACAAACUGUGGCUGAACUUUUGGACCAGUCCUGCAAAGACAUCUGGAAAACCCAGUCAGACGGCUGGAGCAGUGAGGAAGACGAUGAUGUAUUUGAUGCCGCCAAUCAGGAAAUGACCACACACCAAACAGGUCCACCCAUAGUAUCAGAGGAGGAACUAGCCAGUUUAGCUGUCAUUAGCCCUGCUAAGACCAGUCAGUGUUCAGGCUCCAGGAUCAAAGCUCUCAUCCAGAUUCUGCAGCAUCAGUUGGACCAGCAGGAGCUGGUCAAAGAGUUCAUGGCUCUGGAGCAUCUGAAACCCUCUGACAACUGUCUGGUGGGAAAAGCUCCUGAGAACAGAGAUAAGAACCGUUAUAGAGACAUUCUACCCUAUGAUAAAACCCGUGUCACUGUUGGAGACAACCAGAACUACAUCAACGCCAGCUAUAUCCGCCUGCAAGUUGGCGAUGAAGAGUUCUUCUACAUCUCCUGCCAGGGCCCUCUGCCUUCCACUGUGCCAACCUUCUGGCAGAUGAUCUGGGAGAACAAAUCUGAUGUCAUUGCCAUGAUGACUCAAGAAGCAGAACGGGGAAGGAUCAAAUGUCACAAGUACUGGCCGGAGAAACUGGGCGUUCCUCUGGACACUGGCAGGUACCAGCUUCACCUGGAGAACCAACAGUACCUGGAGUACUUCCACAUUAAGGUCAUCCGCAUGUUGGAGACAGAGACAGGUGAGACCCAUUUUGUCCAUCACCUGAAGUUCACACACUGGCCUGACCACGGUGUGCCUCACUGCUCUGAGCAGCUGGUUCGCUUCAUCCGCUACAUGAGGUCUGUGCACCACAAGGGCCCAGUCACCGUGCACUGCAGUGCCGGCAUCGGGCGCACAGGAGUUCUCAUCUGCAAUGACAUUAUCCUUACUCGAAUUGAAAACGACCUGCCUAUUAAUGUGAGUGACAUCGUAAAAGAGAUGAGACUUCAGCGUCAUGGGAUGAUUCAAACCAAGGAACAGUACCUCUUCUGCUACAAAGUCUGGCUGGAGGUUUUACAAGGCAUUUUACAGCUUCAUGGCAACCAGUGGCAAUUGGAAAGUCCCAGAGACCAUAAAGUAGUUUGAAUGUUUCCACCUCCACUUCACCUACCUGUAACAGAGCAUCUACGUACAAUGAUGUGCAGUCUGUCAUACUGUAGCCUGGUGAUGCCGUUUUCUUUAGCUAUACUUGGUUUAUUUUAAAGUUUGUCUAUAAGAUGAAACUGGUACAUCUUCUCUGUUUUGAUACUUUGUGUUGAGGUUAUGUAGUGUUUUGUUUGUUUAGUUUUUUUCCUUCUAUGUGAUCUCAGUACUGUGCUUAUGUCAUUUUAUUUUAGAUCAUUGAGGUUGUUUGGCCUUUUCAGGCUCAGUGAUUUGCCUUCUGUCUCUAGUAUGUUUUUUUUUUUUAAUACCGCUAUUUGAAUGUCUUCUCCAUGUCUUCUAAUUUGCAAAUUGCAUUUAUUUUUAACAGACAUAUUGCAUGGAAUUUAUAACUGGUAAUGAAUGACAUUAGCAAAAGAGCAUUAUUGAAUUUUUAGUUUGUCAUCCACAGAAAUGAAAAGAAUCAAGUGCCUUGGAAUGACUCACACCACUUCCUCCAUAUUGACCCCAAGCCACUUGUCACAAGCAGAGAGCUGGAAAAUGAUUAGUGAGCGCCCAGCAGUGGUGUUUGACGUUUGGUUGAUCCAGACCACAGGAGGGUUAUAUCUCACCUUUUUUGUUCAAUUAUAACUUCAAAACAGUGUGAAGUUUGCAAAUUGCCUGUCAGUUUUUUGUUUGUGGGCCCAUUUUAUACAAAAUACUAGCACAGUGAGUCUUAGACAAUUACAUACUUGCACAUCCUAAUACAGAAUAAGGAAUGAUUUAACAUACAUUUUCAGACAAAUUCACACAUUUUCAAUUCAUUCUUAAUAAAAUUUGGACAAGGCAUUAGCAAGUAUUGAGAUUUUUUUUUUUUUUGUAAAAUGAACAAAAUGGAUAGAAAUUACAUUUAAAGUCACUGGGCUGUUAGGUGUAAUUUAUUAUGCGACAACCUCCUGUAUCUGUAUUCCAUGGCUAUUUUAAUACAAACUCAGCCAAAAAUGCAAAAAAUAUCAGGUUUACAAACUUUCCAUGUUGCCACUUUCGAUGUAUAUGAUGUACAAAUCAACGAACUGCAUCUCACAGAUCAAAGAUGAUAUAUAGCUGCUGGUGUGAGCCUCAACCUUUGAAUGUAAUGGCUUAUAAGCUUUGUUUUUUUAGCUGCUAUGACACACACACACACACACACACACACACGCACACCAGCUCUUGUACUGCAUGCAGACUUAAAGUGCUAAAGUCUGAGCCUGGAGUUUGACUGAAUGACUUGAACAUGAUCAAAAUGUGGAAUGUAACAAAGCAAUACUCUCCACACUGAAGGGAGAUCAGAAUGUCAAACACUUACACAGUAACAUUUUCCAAACUGUUUGGAGCAUGUUGGUAAGAUAUAUGCAAGACUGUACCUUUUGCCAUGUGGAUGACUGUGCAGAGCCGUUAGCCUCUGCACUGUGUGUACAACAUUACUCAGUGCUGGUUGGUUGGUUUCCAGCAAUAGGUAACCCCCUGUUAUGUUCAUGUUCAUGUUCUCUUUGAGAGUCUGUUGCUAUGAUUUCUCCCUCAGGUCUUGGAAAAUGAUUAUUCUUGAAAGAACAAACAAAAAUACAUUUUGCAUUCAUCUGUGAAAAUGCACCUUGUACAGUCAGGCAAGUGCUUAUGCAAUAGCAUUGUGAAAUGUAAUAACCCUUAAUUGCACAGCUGCUUAUUUAUGCUAUAUAAAUCACUUGUAACUGUACCAGCCACUAUGUAACCAAUAACAGAAC